AUGUCGGCUCAAAACAAAAGUAUUUUUGGCGCAGAGUUCGCGGUAAAAGAACCAAGUCCUCAUUUUCAGCACGAGAGAACAAUGGCUGUUCAUAUGAUAGAUGUGCCUGUGACCAGAACAUCAUCUACUCCUGAAGCUUCCAGUCAACGGACUCCCCAUGCGCUCACACCCCCGCCGUUCAAUUACACACAAUACAUGGAAAGCUCGUUUGAUGAAUCCAGCCAUGCUGGCUGUAAACCGGAGAACAUCGAGGAUACAUUCAACGUACCGUACGGUGUUGAUGCUCAGGGCAACUGGUAUGGUGAUGUGCCAACCCCAGGGGCUCAUAAAGACGAAUAUAUGGGUCGUGCAGAAAAUUUGUUCAAGGAACCAAAGUCUUCUGAUGUCCAGCGCGACGAAAACAGAGAGAAACAUCUGCCUUCUUCUCAAUCUGAUCAUUCUGAUCUUUGGCACGCACCUACUCCGGGCAAUUAUGAUAGUGCAGAGGUGGAAACCAACGAAACCCCUUUAGAUGAGCCGAAUGCUUUCAAUACGCAAGACACUUACACUAUUCUUCCGCCUCCUACCCCUCCAAAUAUGAGGCCUGAUUCUAGCCAAUGGGAUAGCAAAGUAGGAAAUACUGACCCAGAAGUCAAAACUCCGCAGAAUAUACUUCGAUUAAGCGUUAAUAAGGGCUGUGAAAAGAUUGAAAAAGAUUGUCAGGCUGGGAACCUACCAGAGAAUGUUGCUAACAGAGCAAAAUACUUUUUGAAAAUGCUCUCCCAGGCUGUUGCAGAAUUCACCUAUCUUCAUUUGGACGAAACCAUGAAUAAAGUCCUAGCAGUCCUUGUUGCCUGUUGUAUCUAUAUCGCCUGUCAACAGUGCAAAAUCCCCCGAACCUUCAUUGCAAUUCGGAUAUGCCAUAGGCUGUAUAAAAAGGAUGUCGUGAGCAGAAUCUCCGAGUCACUAGCGUUCUGUAUAGAAUGUUCGAGUGCAUAUCACAUGAGUUGUGUAACAUCACUCAGUGCGACGAUUCCGACCCCCGACCCUAGCGGCUUAAUUUGUCGAAGAUGCGUUCCAUGUAUUAUUCAUCCUGACGUUGAACAAAAUCCAGGAAAGCCAACAGAGAAGCGUUUAAUAGCCGCUCGCAAUAGUGUUAGUGUCAAAUCCAAUGAUGGCGAAAAUAUUGAGAAGUCAUUCAAAUUGCGCGACGAUCGAUCCCAAAGCCCAGACUUAGUAAGGGAAGAUCUCAAAGCCAACUCAAUAGACAAUAAGAUGAUAAAAUGGCUUAUGAAACGUUGCAGGAAUCUCCAAAAAAGACAAGAUGAGGACAUUGUAAAAGUUCUCGCCUCUGUCCAGCAAGAUUUUCUGGCACGAAUUGAGAAUGCAGAAAAUGCGACAAUAAAACUACUAGAGCGGAAAUACCAGGCGCCCCGGAUUAAAUUGGGCAAGGCACAAGAAGUCUACUUGUGUGCUCUUCAAACCGAGUUGUUACAAUUUAAUCUACAGUCUAAUUUGGAAAAGUUCCUCGCGGGAUUACAGCAAAAAAACAACAAGACAAGUGGAUUUAAAAGAAACCGCAGUAUUCUUGAGCCGUCGGAUGAAACUUGCGAAGAAUUCAAGACCGCUCUUGUGAACUGUCACUCUGAAACUGCUACAGGAAGACCCGCAGAAUAUGCCGACAGGUCCUCGGAACCUAGAAGGGGAGAUUCCCCGCAGCAUUUUCAGGAGGGUGAAAUUCAAGAGCAUCCAGAACCUAGGUCUCGGAAAUUUGAACCUGGUAUGAGAGAUGGUCAACAAAGAAAAGCUAAAAGGGCAAGAAUUGACAUGCAAGAACAGAUGUCGCAAAGUGCCAGUCAGACCGCAGCUCCAAAAAAGUAG